CGCCGCGCGAAAGCAAACACGACGAGUCGAGUGUCGAUGACACGCGCGCGAUACUUAUAUACAUAUACAUAUACAAAGUAUAUUAAGUACCUGGUUCGUUCGCGCAUUGCCUGAUAUACGGAUAUACCCCUGAUCACUGGUGGCCUGAUGAGUUCUUAUUAUUAUUCUUAGAAUCAACUGAAGGAGACUUAAACAAUUAAGUACUACAUUUAACACUGACAGCAGUUGCUCAGAAUAAAUAAUGGAGCAGCAAGAAGAACAAAUUGAUCCAAACUUAAAUGCGGAUGCUUACAGAAAUUUAAGCGCCGCGGAUCAUCCGACGGUUCAAGACAAACAAUUAGAGGUUAUACUCGUUUACAAAGAUGACAGUUUGGUUAUCGGAGCUAGUAAUAUGGUAGAUCGGUACUGGAACGGAACAGUUUGGUUUUAUGGGGAUCCAUCUAACUUUGAGAAAAACCAGUAUACGGCAGCUAUCAGAACAGAAACUGGUGUACGAGCAGCUGCAUAUUUAGGAAAGCAUGAUAAGUUUAUCAUAGGAGAAGACAGUGGUCUUUUACAGGUGUUUGAAGUAGUGUUAAAACCUGAUACUCAAAUACAAGAAUUGCAAUGCAUGGGUUAUGCUUGUCAGCACGAUGAUAGUCUAACAUCGAUCUCAACUUUUAAUGAUGAUAUGCAUAUUGUUUCAGCAGGAAUGGAUUCAUGCAUAAAAGUAUGGGACACUACAACAAUGUUAGCAACAUCAUCUUUUAAUCAAGCUCAAACAGAUGUAGUUACAAGUGUUGAAGUUCAAACUGGUAGUGAUGCAGUAUUUGUAUCGACAUCUAUGGAUUCAGAAGCUUUACUCUGGGAUACUAGAAAAUCCAAACCAGCUCUUGGUUUAUGGAAGAAAAGCGGUUGUGGAUUAACCACAAGUUCAUGGAAAGUUGAUGAUGAACAUAUAAUUGCAGUUGGUGGAAUCGAUGGAAGCAUUUCCAUUCUAGACAUCCGUAAUAUUGGUGCUGCGCCUGUUUGUGAAUCUAUACAUUUUUCACGUGGAGUACACAAAUUGUUAUUUAAUCCUAAUCACUCAAAUCAGCUGGCUGGUUGCUGUGAUGCUACAGAACUUAAAAUUUUUGAUACAUCUAUUAACUGCAAAACUAUUUUUCAAAGCAACCCACAUAAAGACUUUAUUAGAGGCUUAGCAUGGCACAAACGUGAUUUGAUUACGUGUUCAUGGGAUAAUACAAUUUUAAGACACACAGUGACAUCUGAAUAGACUAUCUAAUAUUAAGUGCAUAAAACUCUAUAAAGUGCAAAUUUUUUAAUUUUCUAAUAAAAUCUAUGAAUGUAU